AUGGGACUUGUUUCUAAAGUUCAUCUUCUCCACUUUAUCUUCCUUGCAUGGUUUCUUUCUACUUCUCAUGCUAGCUCAAAAGUAGUGGAGAGAUUCACCUACAUUGUCCACAUGGACAAGUCCUAUAUGCCCAAGGCCUUUGCUAGCCAUCACCAUUGGUACACCUCCAUUGUUGAUUCCACAAACCCUGUAACAUCAAAUGACCAUCAAUCCACCCCAAAGCUCAUCUAUACUUACGAUAAUGGUUUCCAUGGUUUCAGUGGAGUGUUCUCUCAAGAUGAGCAAAAAACCCUAAAAAAAUCUACAGGUUUUGUCUCAACUUAUUCUGGCAAGAUUAUGACUCUUGACACCAUUCACACCUUCGAGUUCCUCUCCCUUAAUACUAUUAUCGGACUAUGGCUAACUUCGGAUUACUGUAAAGAAGUCAUCGUUGGUGUCAUUGAUACCGCCUUGUGGACAGAAAGCUGGAGCUUCAAUGACAAUGGAAUGACCAAAGUGCCUAAAAAAUGGAAGGGGGAGUGCCAAAAAGGUCAAUAUUUUAAUUCCUCGUUAUGUAACUCGAAGCUCAUUAAAGUUAAAUACUUCAAUAAGGGUGUCAUAGAAGCUAAUCCGAACAUUACCAUUAGUAUGAACUCGGCGAGGGACACUGCCGGUCACGGGACACACACUUCCUCCACAACUGCCGGAAACUAUGUCGAAGGUCCAUCCUACUUUUGCUAUGGUUCUAGGACUACAAGAGGGGUCGCGCAACGUGGUAGGGUGGCCAUGUAUAAGGUCAUCUGGUACGAAGGGCGCUACGCCUCAGAUAUUCUAGUAGGUAUGGACCACGCGGUGGCUGAUGGCGUGGACGUGAUAUCGAUUUUAAUUGGUUUUGAUACUAUCCCUUCAUAUGAGGACCCUAUUGCCAUAGCUUCAUUUGCAGCUAUAGAAAAGGGGGUUCUUUUGUCUUCUUCAAUAAGAAAUGAUGGCCCUUCUUUUGCUUACUUACAUAAUGGGAUCCUAUGGGUCUUGAGUGUAGCUACUGGCUCAAUUGAUCGUUCUUUUGGCAGGACUGUGACUCUUGGUAAUGGGUUAACUAUUACUAGAUGGACCAUGUUCCCUACAAGGGCCUUGGUUAAUAACCUCCCACUCAUUUAUAAUAAGAAUUUGUCACAUUGCAAUUCAACUACUUUAUUGUUUGAAGCUCCUUAUGGCAUCCUCAUAUGUGAUGACACUCUUUCUCUCUUCACCCAAUCGACGCAUCUAACUAUGUCAACCGUGGCUUCAGCCAUCUUUAUCUCCAAUAAUCUACUAUUUGCCAGGCGGGAACGUUUUAGUUAUCCUGAAGUUGUGAUUGGCUCGAAAGAUGCAGAGGAAGUGAUCAACUAUGCCAAAAGGGCUAAGAAGACUACGGCAACCAUGAAGUUCCAAGAAACCAUUUUGGGGACAAAGCCUGCACCUAUUGUUGCUCCCUACACUUUAAGUGGUCCUGCACCAUGCUAUCCAAGAAUCCUAAAGCCAGAUUUAAUGGCACCUGGGUCACGAGUCUUAGCUGCUUGGCCUCCCAAUCAAUAUGCAGCCACUAUUGGUUUCAAUAAAGUUUUGGUUAGUGAUUACUUAUUUCUCUUUGGACCAUCAAUGGCAUGUCCUCAUGCUUUUGGCGUGGUUGCGCUCCUAAAAGAAACGCAUCCAGAAUGGAGUCAGGCUGCUAUAAGGUCCGCCAUGAUGACUGAUCUUAUGAUAGCUCAUUACAAGAAAAACUUGCGCAAGUAUUCUUCUCUAUUUCCAAUGAUCAUCAUGGAAAUCCUUAAAAAGAAGAAGAAUGUGCAGAUUCCUCCAAAGGCUUACCAUAAGCCUAUCAUGAUUGAAUUGGAUUCUUGUACUUUGAACAAGUCAAAGACUGCUCGGGAGAAUACUAGGAAAGCCAGGAAAACUGUUGAUGAGGGGUCGUCAUAG